AUGGUUCCAUUAUGGGUUGGAACUCUCGAGAACUUGCAAGGAAUAGACUUGGUGAAAAACAAGUUUACAGGGCCGAUUCCAUCUUCUCUUUUAAAUUUAUCUCAGUUAACAAUGCUCCUUCUAGAUUGGAACCAAUUUAAUGGAAAAAUACAUUUAAGUUUUGGAAACAAUAAGAUGCUUGAGACAUUGAGGAUUUCCAACAAUAAUCUUCAUGGCAUCGUACCAAAUGAGAUUUUCAGAAUUCCAACAAUCAGGCAAAUUGAUUUAUCUGUUAAUAACCUAGAUGGGCAGCUUCCUACUGAAGUAGGCAAUGCCAGACAACUGAUUUCUUUACAACUUUCAUCCAACAACUUAUCUGGAGAUAUCCCUAACACAUUGGGUGAUUGUGAAAGUUUGGAGGAAAUCAAGCUGGACCAAAAUCUUUUUAGUGGAAGCAUUCCCACUUCAUUAGGCAACAUAAAGAACCUAAAAGUUCUCAAUUUAUCUCACAAUAACUUGACUGGAUCGAUACCAAUGCCUCUCAGUAACCUACAACUAUUGGAACAAUUGGAUUUGUCAUUCAACCAUCUUACGGGUGAUGUCCCAACCAAAGGAAUAUUUCAGAAUGUAACUGCUGUGCGAAUUGAUGGAAAUCCAGGGCUUUGUGGUGGGGCAUUAGAGUACCACCUGUUUGCAUGUUCUCUGCCAUUGAGUUCCUCUAAACAAAAGUAUCUCAUGCUGAAAGUAAUGAUCCCAUUGAGGGGGUUCUCUGCAUCCAAUUUAAUAGGAAAAGGAAGAUAUUCUUCUGUAUAUCAAGGAAAAUUGUUCCAAGAUAGACUUGUUGUUGCUAUCAAAGUUUUUAGUCUCGAGUCAAAGGGUGCACAUAAGAGCUUCAUCGCAGAAUGUAGCACUCUGAGGAAUGUGCAGCAUCGCAAUCUAGUACCUAUCCUAACUGCAUGCUCAAGUAUUGACAACAAGGGAAAUGAUUUCAAGGCCUUGGUGUAUGAGUUCAUGCCACGAGGUGACUUGCAUGCAUUACUAUACUUGAAUCGAAAUGAUGCAAACACUUCAACUCCGAGCCACAUUACAUUGGCUCAGAGGUUAAACAUUGUGGUGGAUGUUGCCGAUGCAUUAGAGUAUUUGCACCAUAACAACCAAGGGACUAUUAUUCACUGCGAUCUAAAGCCUAGCAACAUUCUUUUGGAUGAUAACAUGACGGCACAUGUUGGAGACUUUGGUCUUGCAAUGUUCAAAGUUGAUUCUGCAUUAGGUGACUCCAUCUCAACUUCUUCGGUUGCUAUAAAGGGAACAAUUGGAUAUGUCGCGCCAGAAUGUGCUUCAGGUCGAGAUGUUUCAAGUAGUGGGGAUGUUUAUAGCUUUGGGAUUGUUCUACUUGAAGUAUUUUUACGGAAGAGGCCAACUGAUGAUAUGUUCAAUGAUGGACUGAACAUUGUAAAAUUCGUUGAGGCAAACUUUCCUGAUGGGAUAUUAAGGAUUGUAGAUCCAGAAUUACUACAAGAGCAGCAUGAUUUCUCACGAGAAACUUCAGUGUCCAUGAAGGAGAAGAGGUUAGAGUGUUUACUUUCAGUGAUACACAUUGGACUUGACUGCACUAAGGCAUCCCCAGAACAGCGCAUGGGCAUGCAGGAAGUCGCUGCAAAGCUGCACGGAAUCAAGGAUGCAUAUCUGAAGCGAAACAUGGGUAAUAUACUUGUUAUUGCAGUAAUAAUAUCAUAUUGUUCAACUGUUCUUUACAUAAUGUUAUCACGAUAA